CUUCAAUCCUGAUCGCCGACACGCCCAAACAGCAUCCAGGAAUCCGUCUACAGUCGAGGGGAAAGCACAAAGGACAAGGGAGAGGCUCUCAUCAACAACAAUAGCACAUUCACAUCUAUACCACACCAUGUUUUACGAUCUCAACCUGCCAGUCUCUGCCACCACGGGAUCAGCCCAAGCGGCUCAAGAGCAACUCGAGACCAGGAAACGGGUCGAACUGCUUAUCCACUUAGGAUAUCAAGCUAUCGCCUACAACUAUGAGAUCACUGGAAAGAUGCCAAACAACCAUGUCAACCCCGUCACGAAACUCAACCUUCCAGGAGUUAACCUGAAGCAGUACUCUAGAUUAACAUUGGUCGUGGAUGAUAUCAGCCAGAACUAUGGACUAAACACAGGCAAUCCAGGGGUCUCUACAUAUGAUAUCAUUGCUGUCCAACCCACGAACGAAAAGCUGUUUCAGGCUGCAUGUGGAACAUUCGAGGUCGACAUCAUCUCGCUAGAUAUGUCCGCAAGGCUACCAUUCUAUCUCAAGCAUUCAACCGUUGGACUGGCAGUAGAACGGGGCAUCUACUUCGAGCUUUGCUAUAGUGCUGCCAUUCGAGACACGAAUGCGAGGAGGAAUCUAAUCAGCAACGCACAGAGUUUGAUCCGUGUAACGAGGGGGAAGAACAUAAUUCUGAGCUCACAGGCCAUGAAGGCCAUGGAGCUGCGGGGGCCCUACGACAUUGUGAAUUUUGGGACACUACUUGGCCUUAAUCAAGCGGUUGCAAAGGACUGCUUGAGUUCACACUGUCGCGCGGUUGUGAUGCAUGCAGAAACACGCCGAAACACGACACGCGCUGUCAUUUCUGUCGAUCCGGUAUCGUCCCUGACAGAGACUGAACAGUGGAAAUUGGGGAAUAAUAAGCGCAAGCAAUUGGACUCUAAAGAGGCUAGGCAAAAGAAGAAGAAAGCAAAGGAGCCGUCUUCUUGAGAGCGAAAAAUAAACUUUUCCUUGCGGAAAAUAAGCAUUUUUGGCUCUGAUGGAAACAUCCCUG